CCUGCGAACUGCAUAACAGCCUCGGAGCUUGGAUGCUGGCUUGAUGCCUCUACAGUUGAGUGCUCGUCGCGUAGGCCGUGGCUUGUUGGCAUUGUCGCCGUGUGCAUGAUUUGCGCAGAGCGUAGGGUGUAGUGGUGAGAAAUUCCGGUUCGGUGAUGCCCAGUGGGUAAUGCCGGUUGAGGCGCCGAGAUUACUGGUGCCGGGAAGGUUACGAGAGUUUGUUGGUGGUCAUCACGGUCGUGGUUUUCAUGCUUAUCUCGACCUGGUCCGCGUUUUGAGACUGUGGGUUACGGUGGGUCGUAGCUGAGGUUGCGGAGGGAGGCGGUUGGAAGGUGCUGACGACGGCGUGUUGAAUUCCGUUUGGUUUGUUGGGCUGAGGCUUAGAGGGGAUGUGGUGCUGAGGGGGGAGAUGGGUGCGGGAGCGGGAGGUAGGGGAAGUCGGAGGGUCUUGGGAUGAGUGGUACCGGUGACGGAGAUGGAAAUUCGGAGGGCGAGGGCGGCGAUGAUGGAGACCGUGAGGGAGAGGAGUGAGCGGGAAUCGAUGGGAUCGGAGUUGGAGUCGAGUCGGAUGUCGAGGCCGCAAAUGCGGUUUCUAGGGCGGUGGUGUAGGUUGAAUCCGUUUAUUUCCCGGCGGGUGCGGAUACUGUGCAUCUUGUGUGCAUUUACGCUGGUGAUUGUGGUGGGCGUGGUGGUAUACAGGAGUGGCUUGUCGAACAUGCGGCAAGAGAUUCGGCUCAAGUGCGAGAAUCGGAAAGAAGUAUUCAUGUCGGAAGUAGAUAACAACUUAGGUGCAUCUUUUGUAAUUCUUGGAUUGCUGACUAGCGUUCCAAACGUGGAUCAAGAUACAUGGAUGGCCUUCACAGAGCAGACUGUGUUUCUUCGCCCCCACGUGAAAAGCCUGGUGUACUGCUUGCGAGUUUUGCCACAACAGAAGCAAGCAGUGGAGAUGAAAUAUAAUAAGACCAUGUACAUCAAUGUUAACAAAACCAUAGUUACCAAUUACGCGAAGGCGGAGGAAUAUACACCUGUUUUCCUUCAAUCUGCCAAUAUUUCCAUGUUCAUGUUAGAUAUAUUCGGUUACCCUAUUUUUCGGAGUUCACUUACGCAGGCCAGAGAUUCGGGUAAUUUCUCCCUGUCUGCACCUUACGUGAACGAAGGUAAAGAGCUGUGGCGAAUGGGAUCCUUCUUACCCUACUAUGGCGAGGUUGAUCCAGAUACCCUCAAAACUGUCGAAGCAAGGAGAGCUAGCUGUGUUGGUUAUGUGGUGACCGUUUUGAGUGUUCAGGAGGUAUUUGGCUCCGUCGUGUCAAGAUUCAAGGAUCCAGACCUAGAUAUUUCUGCCACCGCCAAAGUGAAUCCGUCGCUGGGACUUAACGCCUACUACAAUUGCAGUGUAGACGCUAAUCCUUGUGAAGUUCGGUUUUAUGGGAACCAUCUGAAAUCAAAGGGGCUCGAGGCGGUUGGUGUUCCUUUCUCAUAUGGGUCGCUGGACAUAGAGCUGCAAUGCUGGUACAAUCACAACAUCCGUUUGCACGUCUUGCGGGAGAUGAUUGCAUGGCCCUUGCUUAUGUUAGCAAUGGUUGUAUUUUGCACCGUGGCAGUCUACCUCGUAUUGAAGAAAAUGUCCGCCGCUGAAAUAGAUGUUGACAAAAGGGAGAAGAUACAUGCUCAAUUGAGGGCUGCGAAACUGAAAGCGGAGGCUGCGGACACUGCCAAGUCUAGUUUCCUUGCUACUGUUUCACAUGAGAUCAGAACUCCCAUGAACGGUGUAAUAGGAAUGACAAAUUUAUUGAUGGGAACGGAUUUGUCGCCGCAGCAGCUUGAGUAUGUGAAGAUUGCCCAGGCCAGUGGCAACGCUCUAGUGGCUUUGAUAAGCGAUGUGCUAGAUCUCUCCAAGAUCGAAGCCGGAAGAAUGGAAAUAGAAACAGUGCCCUUUGACAUACGGGAAGAGUUGGACAAUAUAUUGUCUCUCUUUGAAGACAAAGUAUAUCAGAAGAAGCUCGAAAUUUCAGCUUUGGUACAUGAUACUGUUCCCCAGUGGUUAUAUGGCGACCCUGGAAGAUUGCGGCAGGUUUUGAUUAAUCUCGUCGGAAAUGCUAUCAAGUUCACCAAGCACGGGAACAUCUUUCUGUGCGUAAGGCUUGUGGAUCCCCAGUUCUUUGCUACUGUCUCUUCUUCGAACGAGCAAUUUCUUGACCUUAUUGACACAAGACAUAGACAUAAUCCAGAGACAGAAUCCGCAGAUGGUAGCCAUAAUACUAGUCUCCAAGGCGUUAUGGCCGUUCGCAGCAAUUUAUUUAGGGCGCGACAUCCUAAGAUGGCGCCGCCUAGGUUGAGUAUGAAACCAGGUCCUUUGAGUACAUCAGCAUGCGUCGCAGAGUGGAGAAAUUGGAAACCUAGUGGCAGUCUAGAAUUUGACGAAGUGGCUUGCGUCAUAUCGAUUGAAGAUUCAGGAAUUGGGAUCCCGAAGUUCAUGCAAAGCAGACUCUUCGAACCUUUUGUGCAAGCCGACAGCAGUACCUCCAGGGAGUAUGGCGGAACUGGCAUCGGCCUAUCUAUUUGCCAGAAACUGGUAAGGUUGACGAGAGGAGAUAUAACUGUUGAAAGUGAACCAGGGGAAGGCAGCGUCUUCAAGUUUUCACUGGUGUUACCAACCUCAGGUCAAAGAGGCGAUUUGCGCAAGCUGGCCUUCACCAUGAAGCGCACGCCAUCUGACUUAGAAGACGAACGUAUUCGUGGUAUAAGAGUGCUUCUGGUUGAUGCGAAUCCUGUGCGGCAGGAAGUUGCAGCAACAUAUUUGCGAAGAGUGGGAGCACUGAUUGAGUACGCUGAGGAUGGGAGCAUUGCCCUGGAAUUAUUAACAAGAGAUGAAGGGCCUCCAUUCCAAGCUGUGAUUGUGGAUUUGCAAGGCAUGGACCAUAUGACAGCGAUUCAGCUGGUGCAACGAUUGAAGGAGUCGGUCGUCAAUAAAAUUCCGGUGUUGGCUCUGUCUAUUCCUCCUGAAAGUGAGUUGCAGAGUGAGUUACAAAAAGCUGGUUACCAGCACAUCGUCCACAAACCACUUCGAUGUAACGCUUUGAUAUCAGGCCUUCUACAAACUCUGGGGAUAGAAGUGACGAAUCCUUCCAGGAAACAAAACGCCAACGCUGAGAUGCUCGCAGGGAAACGUCUUCUUGUGGUAGAUGAUAACAUGGUCAAUAGAAGAGUGGCGAGCUCUAUACUUCAACGUAAUGGUGCAACCGUUGUCACUGUGAAUGGUGGGAUUCAGGCAAUCAAUAUUGUGAAAAAGCAAGACGCUGACAAGCAGUUCGACAUGAUCUUGAUGGACAUCCAAAUGCCAGAGAUGGACGGUUACGAAGCCACGAGGCUCAUUAGAGAGUGGGAAGUCGGCAAAUGUCACCAAUGUCAAGCGCUCGAGAGGAUCAAAUACGAUUACCAGGAAUUGAAAGAGUGCCCGCACCACCGAAUCCCCAUAGUGGCUGUCACAGCCGACGUUAUGAAGGGCACACAUGAGAUGUGUUUUAGUGCUGGAAUGGACGACUAUAUACCCAAGCCCUUAGAUCAGAAACAAUUGCAGCUACUCCUUCAAAGAUUCCUCGAACACCGACUUGUCAACUCACCGAACUCAUCAGCGAAGUAAGGUGCAGAAAUCGAUACGAAUCGCUGGAAGAAGAAGAAGAAGGAGCAAACCGAGCUGGUACUUGUUGCUUGAAUAGCUAGGCACUUAGUGGAGGUUCAAGGAUCUAAAGUGACCUAAUUCACAGCUCUGCCAAAACAUCCUCUGAGAACUUCGUCACAUGGUAUUUUUACUCCUUACAAGUGACACAAUCCAAUUGGGUUGUGCUCAGGGAUUCAUCUGCGUGGUGGUGAUUACAUACACAUAUCUCCAGUGCCGAUCCCACUUCACGCAACAGCAUGAAGACCUAUUAAUGCUGUUAUUGGGGGUAAAUUUUUUUCGCUCUCGUCAUGUCUAAAGCAUGCUAGCUUCAGCACUGCCAUGGUGAGGAUUAGUCCAGUCAUUUCGAUCUGCUGGAAACGUGCUCCUCACGGUGGAUGGAGAGCUUGAUUUUGCUUCUAGAAUUGCCAGUUUCUUUUUACUAGUUCUGCGCCAGUCGAUUAUAUCUACAAGGGUUUAGUUUAGAACUCAAGACUGCACGGUUUGGCAUCAAAGAAGCUGAUGAGGUGUACAUAAAGUGGGGUGGAACUAGCCCUUAAACUGACAGUUGACAAUGAGCUUCGUCUCACAGAUUUUAUCAUACAUUCAUUUCUAAAAUGCAAAAGAAAAUGCCUUUAGUGUUACACCGUUAGCCAUCGUGUCAUUACAGCGUACCCUCUUAAUUGGAAGAUGUGGUCAAGGAUGACAUGGACAAGAAUAUUUCUUUUGUAUUAGAUGAACCAUUCGAACUUUUACCAUUUCAAGGAUGAGCAGUAUGAUGCAUAAGUUUUUCAA